AGAUCCUUCUGGAGACCUGAGACCAUAGGAAGUAGAGUCUCAGAGCAGGCACCAACAUCCACGCCAAAGACCCAAAAUGGAAGGGAUCUACCUCAGCUCUGCUUCGUAUCUCCUACUGUUCGGCCUAGCCAUCUUGUGGGCUGUGCUGUCGGUGCUCAAGAGGCCCAAGGGUUCGGCCCCUGGACCCACACCACUCCCUGUCCUCGGAAGUCUUCAUCUACUCGGAGGAUACGAGCUGCCGUACCAAGCAUUCGACAAGCUGUCCUCCAAGUACGGACCUGUCUUCGGCAUCCGUCUUGGCAGCGUCGAGUGUUUGGUCGUCUCCAGCCUAGAAACCGUCAAGGAAAUCCUCAUCAACAAGGGAGAGCACUUCGACAGCAGGCCAAACUUCAGUAGGUACCUCAACAUCUUCGGCGGCGACAAAGAUAACUCUUUGGCAUUUUGUGACUGGUCAGAACUACAGAAGACAAGGAGGGAAAUGAUCAGAGACCACACUUUUCCAAAGGCUUUCUCCAGCAAAUUCCAUCAGCUGGAGUCGCUGCUGAAUCGCGAGUUGGUCGUACUCUGCGAUCAGCUUAGCAAAGGCGUCACAAACAUCAAGCCUAUUAUGCUCCACACAUGCGCCAACGUAUUCAUGUCCUUCUUCACCAACACCAGGUUCCAACUGGAAGACCCCGUAUACUCCAAAAUACUCAUGUACUUCGACAUCAUAUUCUACGAAGUCAACCAGGGUUACGCUGCCGACUUCAUGCCAUGGCUCAACCCGAUGCUCAUGAACAAUAUGAAGAAAAUGAGGAAGUUAGGAAAGAUCAUAAGAGAAUUCAUGGAUGAGCGAGUCGUUAGUAAUGGAGGGCAGGAAGGAGAUCUCCUACACAUGCUUUUGGAAAGCGUCGAAUCUGGAAAAAUGAACAGAGAGAAUGCCAUGUUUGCUCUGGAAGACAUAAUCGGAGGCCAUACUGCCAUCGCUAAUCUCAUCAUUAAGAUCCUCGGUUUUAUUUCAAAUCAACCUGAGGUUCAGAAAAAAAUGCAAGAAGAAGUGGACGCAGUAACCUGUGGCAAGAAUAUUAAGUUGGAAGAUAGGCUAAUGAUGCCGUACACAGAGGCAGUGAUAUUGGAAUCCAUCAGACACAUUUGUUCCCCAAUCGUCCCUCAUGUGGCCAGUCAAGACACUACUGUCAACGAUUAUCACGUAGAAAAAGGGACACUGAUCUUCCUCAACAAUUACACACUCAACAUGAGUCCUGAACUAUGGACUGAACCUGAAAAGUUUUCUCCAGAAAGAUUCCUGACAGAAGACGGAAGAUUAAUAAAACCAGAACACUUCCUGCCGUUCGGAGGUGGGAGGCGAUCCUGCAUGGGCUAUAAGAUGACCCAAUAUGUUUCAUUCUCAGUUUUAGCAACAAUGAUGCAAAAAUAUUCAAUUGCGCCUCAUCCCACAAAUGGCAAAGUUCCUCGCGGUGACCUUGCUCUUCCUUUCGACACCCUCAAGUUCAUUUUUAACCCACGAUAAAUACUCCCUAGUUAUAUUAAAAAAACUUUUAAAUACUACCCCUUAAGCAAUAAGAAAUAUUCAAAUCCAUAAUGAGUUUAAAUAUAAUAAUGUAUAAAAAGCAUGUAAUAUGCAUCUUUCUUGUUUUUAACUAUUUAUUUUAAUUUUUUGUUUUUAAAUAUAAAAGGGGUAUUGAGACUGAUUUGAGUUUCUGGUAAGAGAUGGGCUUUAUAUAAUUAUAUAAAAAAUAUUGACUUAUUGUGAUUAAUUUUAUAUGUACAUAGAACUCAUUUUACCUAGUCAUAUAUAUUUCAGAGCUAAAAGGUCACCUAUCAAAUUAGUAAAGAUUGAAAGGCUUGUCUUUAUCAGGACUUGUAAAAUACGACUCUUUACGAGGAUGUCGAAGAUUUAUAUUUAGGUACAAAAUUAUUUUGCCAAAGAAUAUAUGUGUUAAAUUGUGAAUAUUUAUAACUUUGAUGUUGAAUUCACAUUUAUAAGACAAAAAAAUAUAAAUGUUAUCGAUAAUACAUGAAUUCUAUUUUGUGAUUUAUUUUAAAUGUUUGUUUUAACAUCUGCAAACGAAUUCGAAAUAAAUGCAGCAGAUGGAGUAAACACUUUUCUGUAUAUGCAGAAUGUGCGUUGUUUUUAGAUUUUAAUUUUUUUAAAAAUAUAAUAAUUAAUAAACAAAUGAUUGUAUAACCUGACACGAUUGUUAAGGAAAUAAAUAUGUGUCGAAUGAA